CGGGGCUCGGGCGGAGCGCGGGGAAACUCGCAAGGCCGCCUGGAUCCCGAACGCGUGACCAUGGCAACAGAACGUUGUGCUGGCCGUCUCCUUAGCAACGGCCGGGCGGAGGCUGGUGCCGCUCCCGGGGCCGGCCCUGCUUUGCCCUGCAGGCGCUGGGCACCGGGGGCUGCUCCCGCCGCCGGCAUGGCCUCGGAGCUGGACGAAUACGUGCGGGCAGCUUUCCGGGACAAGCUGCUGCUGCUGCCGAAAAUGCCUGAAAGAGAGGAUGACUAUUUGACUUCUGCGGCUCGCCUUUUGGAGAAAAAGAGGGAAAUGGAAGAGGUGGAGCAGGCCCUGCUGGCCCAGAGAGAGGAGUUCCAGGUGAAGAUGGAGAGCUUGCAGCAGCGCCGAGAAGAGCUAGUGCAUAAGGAGGAGCAACUCAAGGAGGCUUUCUUCAAAUUUGAUAAGUUUCUGAAGGAGAAUGAUGCCAAGCGGCACCGGGCACUGCGCAAGGCGAGUAGGGAGCAGCUGCAGGCAGCACAGAGCAACGUGGAGGCCAUACGUCUGCGCCAGGAGAUUGCCCGGCUGCUCAGGGAGAGGGACAGGCUGCAGCGGCGUCUGGAGGCUAAUGACAUCUUCCGGAGCUACCUGCAGACGGUGAUAGAGAAAACAGAGCAGUUCCAGGAGAUCAAGGAAAUGAUUGACCGGGUUAGGACACUGGUGGCCACACAGGCAGUGCUGGUGCAGCGGGAACUGGGGAGUCGAGAGCAAGUGGAGGAGGAACAUGCCAGGCUCCAGCGGUACCUGGAGGAGAGCAACAACAAGGUCCUGCAGUGCAACAACCAGCUGGCUGAACUGCAGACCCAGCUGGAGCAGGCCCAGGUCCAGGUGCACCAGUGGGAGUCCAAGUGGACUGAGAUCCAGACCACGGCUGCCAAGAAGACCCUUGAGCUGGGGCAGAUCAAAAUGGCUGUGCUCAACCUCUUCCAGAUGGCAACGAAGCAGAUGAAGCUGCAGGUGGACAUACCCCUGGAGGACACAGAAGCUCAGCUUGACACGGUCCUACUCUGCAUGACUGACCUGUCUGACAUCCUUGCUGACCUCCGCAAGGGCGGCCCCCUGCCCACCCCUCAGACCUUGCCCCCUGCUACGACCUAAGCCACCCGCCAGUCUUCCUGCCAUGGCUGCCUCUGUGGUGAGUUUGGUGUUGGGUCUAUCCCAGGCCAACCCUGAUGUCCAUUGCUCCCCCGCUGCAUCCCUACUUGCUGUAGUGAACACACCUUGCCCUGUUGUGCUAUGAAAGCCGCCCUGCUGUGCUGCCUGGCUAAGUCUCAGGAUGCUGCUGGCUUUGCAGCCUCCAAAUCACCCCAGAUCCUGCCCCAGAGGCAUUUAGCCUUCCUCAGCUGGGUUAAGGACUGCACCUGCUAGUGAAAGGGCGGGAGCUUCCCCCAAUAUCCUUCUGCAGACAAAGCCUGCAUUAUAAGAACUGUAGUCAACCACAACACUGAGCCAGUGGGACAACCACUAAUUUGGCCAACAUUGUAGGACCAACCUGGAGCCUUCCAGGGCAUAAUACACUUACCAGCUGCAUCUACGUGUCCUAUUAAUGCUGUAAAGGCUUACUGCAGAGUAAAAUAUUGUGCAGUAAGCCUUCCCUGGGAGCACAUCUACACAUGCUCCCUGCUGGGAGGAAAUCUGCUCCCAAUAGGACCAGCUCAGUACAGGGCUGUUCCUACCCUGCUCUGGCCCUGAUUCCCCUGGGGUGCUAGCCUGGGCGUUGGCAGGGAGCGGGUCACUACCCUGAUAUGUACAGAGGACCAGGAGAGCUCUGCACGAGGACAAGCCCCAUGCCCAGAGAAGCUUCACUGCACACCUGGGGGCUGGCAAGGAGCUGUCUGGGCUUCUGGGACAGCUCCCAGGGCAGUGGGGAGAAAUCCCCAUC